AUGACUGCCACAGUAGGAAAACCUCCUGAAGACGGGUUUCGCUUUAGCGAAGAUCCUGCGAACAGUGUUGUUCUUUCAUCUUCUGUUCCUGUACAUAGCGAAGGUUUAAUGCAGGCACCACAUGCUCGUACCUCUCAUCGUAUUUACUCGGAAAGCGAUGCCGGUUCGCCUAGGAUUUCGAAGCACAGGAGGACCAGGAGAAGGCGUGGUGGCAAAGGGCGGUGGAAGCCAUAUCAUAACUUGACAGUGGAAGAAAAAAUUGCUAAAGAUGAAAGGGACGAAAGAAAAGCUGUACAGAAGCGUGAUAGAUUGUUUUCUUACGGAAAGGCUAUGGCUCCAUAUAACACAACGCAGUUUUUGUUGGAAGAUAGGGAGAAGCGGGUCACAGGCGAUUCUGAUGGUGAUUCAGUGAAUGGAGUGACAGUGGCUAACAGCAGUGGCUGGCAGGGUUCAAUGAGAGUCAAUUUUUUUAUUGCUUUCUCGUCGAGACUUUGUCGCGUUACUAGGAGCGAUAAUCCUGUAUCGAUAUUCGGUUUCAGAUGCCGUGUUUGUUCGGGAUCGGACCCGGGAGUUAACAGUUCAGACUCUGGCAGUGUCUCUUCAGAAGAAGAUGAGCUUGAACGGGAAUUUGAAGCAGAUUACGAUAGCGUCAACUUGGUGAGGAUCGGGGGAAUGUCGAGAGAGGAGGUUACGCAUGAAAUGUUACUUCUGGAACGUAGCAAAGGGAAGCUGGAAGAUCGGGUUGGUGACUUGACGUCGGAGAAUGAACGUUUGAAGAAGUUGUUAGAGGCCAACAAUAUUGUUUAUAAAGAUAGUAGAACAAAACGACGUCGAAGCGGUGACUCCGUUGCAUCUGAGGGUAGCUUGGUAAUGACUACCUGA